AGCUGGCAAGGAAUCGCGAAAACAACAAGGCUGACGCCAUCGUCGGUGGACUAGGCAUAUCCACGAUCGAUAAAACCCGGAGACGCGAGUACGAGUCAACGCGAGUUGUAAUCAGAGAGCUUGAGUUAAAAUUAUUUAACAGAGAAAUAAUAAAUAAUAAUAGUAAGUGCAUCAAUUUAUUAAUGAUAGGUAGCAGGAGAAUAAUCUCCUUUUAUUGCUUUGUAGACCGAGAUUAUAUUUAAUUGAGAUUGACGGUGGACCCGAAGAGCAAAAGAACAGUUGUUGAACACGUGUGUCAAGUUUAGUUCACCAUCUACAUAUAAUGGUCAAGUAGCUGCUAUGAGAAGAAGAGAAUUAUUAAGAAGAAGAAGACUAGUUUAAUUUAAUAGCAAGUGCUGAAGAAAUUUAUUAUUGUCACUUCAAGUUAUAUUUUACUGUGUGAUAUUUUAUGUUUAAUUAUAUUAGUAAAAGGUAAAGAAUUGAAAAGCAUACAUGUUUGGUAGAAAUCGCGGGAGGAUCAUUAGAGGUUGAUUAGCGCCAUGUCUCGUAAUGGACCAAUCAGCUGCUUGGUGAACCGCCGUGAAAUCACGAAUCUGUCUACAGACGAAUGACAACAAAAGAGAUUGAUAGUGCUGUGAGAUCAAGUGAGUGAGAAAGACACGUUGGUAACCGAUAUAUAUAUAAAUAUAAAGUGUGAAAGAAAGAGUAGUUGAAUUAUAUUGUAUAAUAAGAAGACGAACAUUACAUCGAACACUUGAUAUAUUUUAUAAGUGAACGUCGUGGUAGUUUGUUAAAGUGUGUUGAGGAAUAUGAAGAGAAGAAAUGCCGAGUGCGGCAAGCUCCGGAGGCCCUUGAAACGCAAUAAGAUCACCGAAGGAAUUUAUGGAAGCACACUGCUCUACCUAAAGUUUCUGUUACUAUGGGCCAUGGUGAUUUUCGCGGACUUCAUAUUAGAAUUUCGAUUUGAAUUUUUGUGGCCAUUCUGGCUGCUACUCAGAAGUGUUUACGAUUCUUUUAAAUACCAAGGCUUGGCGUUCUCCGUAUUUUUCAUUUGUAUUGCUCUAACAUCAGAUAUGAUUUGUUUUUUCUUCAUACCUGUCCACUGGCUAUUUUUCGCAGCCAGUACAUAUGUAUGGGUACAAUACGUGUGGCACACGGAUAAAGGAGUGUGCUUACCUACUGUGAUGUUGUGGCUAUUGUUUCUCUACAUAGAGGCUGCAGUGCGAUUGCGUGAUCUACGCCACAUGCCCUUUCAUCUUGAUCUUUGUAGGCCUUUUGCAGCACACUGCAUUGGUUAUCCUGUAGUUACCUUGGGUUUUGGUUUCAAAAGCUAUGUAGGUUACAGAAUGAGACAGAGAAAACAAAAAGAUGUGGCGAAAGAAAAUGAAUUUUAUCUACAGCUAUUGCAACAAGCAUUACCUGCAGAACAACAAGCCGUAUCAACACAACUACCGUCACAGUUACAAUCACAAAUAGUAACGACAGAAACAAAUUCAAAAUCACAGCCGCACAGGCCACAUACACAGUAUAAUCCCAGUCCAGAAAAAAGUAGAGGUAGGAAUGGUGGUGGUUCUACAGACACAAGUGUACAUAACGGUGGUAUAUCAAAUGACGGUCACACGUCGCCUCAAGCACAAAAUAUAUCUGCCAAAAAUAGUAAUAGAAAAUCACUUGACAAAAGCGAUAAGCUUGAUGAUCAUAAACAUAAUUCAAAUAAUUCUUCACAGUCAGAUAAAAAUGACAAAAGAUUUUCCCAUAGUAAUGGUACAACGGUAUCAUAUAAUAACGAUGUACAUUUUAUCGAACGGAUAAAUUCAGUUAAUGAUUUUGACGUAAAUGAAGCGGAAAAAGAUAAAACCGUCAAAGGUAGUAAUUCAUCUCACAAUAAUUCGAUGAAAACACAAUCAAACGGUUCAGCAACAGGCAAAUGGAAUAAUAAUAACAACAACAACAAUAACAAUAAUAAUGUUAAAGAGAAUCGUGACUCGACGACGACAACGACAGUCCAACACACUCAACGUGAACGUAAAGGUCGUCAAAGUAAAAAUAUUAUUCCAGACACAACAAUGAGUGACCAUCAAAAGCAACAAGAUGAAUAUUGCCAGAGGGUAAUUAUUUGUCGUAAACUUGAGGCUGAUGUAAAACGUUUAAAGUCGGAUUUACAGUCGAGUCGACAAAUAGAACAAGAAUUACGUUCACAAGUAAAUACUCUGCUGACCGGUGAGCGGCAAGCCAAAGGUGACAUGCAACAGCUGCAGCAUGAUAAUGAUCAGCUGCAGAGUAAGCUCCAAGGGCUAGUUACCGCUCGUCAAUUAGACAAACAGACAAUGUCAUCGCUCGAAAGACGAAUCGCUGAAGAACGUCGACAACGUACAGCCUGCGAGGCGUCGCUGGUGUCUGAAAGACGAGCACGUCGGGUCGCUGAAGAGGCUAGGUCCGCGAUUCCACCGCCUCCUCCGCCGCUUGUACGACAGGAGUGUACGGAUGCGUGUAAAACUCGACGAGCGCAAAUGGAGCAGGAUCUCAAAAAUUUAAGACGGGAAUUAAAAGCGAAAGAAGAAAGAUUCUUAUCGUUGGAAAAAGAAGUAACGCAUUGUAAAGAUAAUCAUGGUGAAACAGAAAUUCUUCUCAGUGCGUUAAAUGCUCUCCAAGAAAAGAACUCUCACCUGGAAAAUAGCUUGAGCGCAGAAACACGGAUAAAACUUGAUCUAUUUUCAGCGCUCGGCGAAGCUAAACGACAGCUUGAAAUUAGAGAAAGUAUGAUGAGGUCCCACGAGAAAGAAAUGGAAAUUUUAAAAGCCAAAAUUGCACAAGAUUUGGCAGUGAUGCCCCAAGACACAUUCAGUCCAGCAUCCAGCAAUACAACGUCCAAGUUACGACUCAACAAUGAUGUACGUGUUGGUGGUUCUAAAAUGCGUAGCACUGAAAGUCCGUGUCCAGGAUGUACUGUGUCUAAUCUCGAUCCUAAUGCAACGGCUUACACACCUAAAGGCUCGCUCGUAGCCUCCACCGAGGCUUAAAUUAUUUAACUUAUUUCUUUCGCAAUCGUGACACAGGGCGCAACAAAUAUGUAAGCUACUUUCGUUUAUUGUUUCUCAGUGGUUAUCACUUUUCUAUUUUUUAUUUUUAUUUCUUAUUCGAGUUCAAAUUUUUAAUGAAAUACUAAUUCUUUUAUUUCAUUAAUUUUGUAUAAAGAUGUAAAAAAUAUCUUUAAACUUAUUUUGUCUAUAAGAUGAUAGACAUUUUUGGUGAGAAAAUUUAUGUUAGUUGGACAUUACUUUUUUUUAUUUUAUAUUC